GGAAAAACAACAAUCCAGCAUAUUUUGCGUAGUCUGGCUUGGUCUCGUUUUACAAAGCAAGGGCAGCAGCGGUGCCAGAUGCUGCAAAGUAACGUCUAGGCUUCAACUCUCCUCCUAUCCCCCUCCCAUCUCUGGGGAGGUGGGAAGGGUCUCCUGUCUGAUCCUUUGUCACAGUAGGACUUUGGGGUUUUACUCUGCUGCUGCCUCCGUGCAAAGACAAGAGGAUUUCACCUCCAUCCGACAGAGACUGCAACUAUGUCAACUAAGCAAAGCACAGCUGACUCCUGACUCCAACGGAAUCAAAGGACGGAGGUCAGACAGAUGAGCAGGAUGCUUCCUCAAAGGGCAGCUGUGAGCACGCUGGGUUACAGCUCAGACUGCGUGAAGAUGGAGCCGAGUGGCAGCGGCCCGAUGGGUGGCACCUUACUCAGGGGUUCCCGCUCUAAGGCAGAGCUACAGGAACUGAUGGAGACGCUGCAGCACAGGAAGAGCGCCCUAGAGGCCAGUCUGCGGGCAGCUGAGUGCAGCCGCAAGUAUUUCAACAUGCCUUCCUCUGGAGGACCCCAGCCCAAGCGGCCGCUGUCCAUCAACACUGAACAUCAGCUAUCGUCCUCGAGAAACUUCUCUUUCAUGAGCAGCAGUGUGCCCCCGUCCCCUCGCCAGGGUGAUCGACAGUUUAGCCCCAACGGCUUACUGCGCCACCCCAACGCUCGCCACCAGUCGCAAGACAGUCUGCUCCACACUAUAGACGGAAGUUCUCCCAUUUCCUCUUAUGGAGACCCUCUACCUCGUUCUCCCAGGGUCAAGAGCGGCACAGCCAGUGUGCCGUCCAGCCCCCGAUUGGGCCGUAGACUCUACUCGCACGGUAAAGCCAUAAGCGAUUCCAGGCAAAGAAAAUACUCGACGGGUUCCCUCAACAGUCUGGGCAUGCACAGUCGUUCUCUACCCCGCCUCCACAAUCCGGCAGAUCCUCCUAUUCUAUCGCUGCCGCCUCAUCUCCAGAGAGCAGGGCGCUCGGCGGUGGCUCGGCGAAGUCUCUCCUCCCUUGAACAACCACCGGAUGUGACGGUACCUGCUAGCAUGCCUAAUACUCCCCGGAGGGCCAGUCUGGCCUCUUUGAGCUCCCUCGGGGUUGACGUAGAUGGACCGAGUUUAGAUGUGAGCUUUGGAGAGCGAAGGUUAUCGUUUGGGAAAGGAGGCCUGAGUCCUGGACAAAGGGUGGGCAGCAUCACUUCUUUAAAUGGUAAAGAGGAGUUAAGGGACUAUCACCAGCACCAAAGAGACGAGAGACUCAGGGAGCAGAAAGUGCACAAAUUGGAGAACCAACGGCUGGAAACUAUCAUGAACCUGUGUACGGAGUUUGCACAGGUAGAGCCUGCAGCUUCAGCAGUUUCAGACCUGCAGAAGAUCAAUAAGGAGUUGGAGAAGCUGCAGGUGUCAGAUGACGAGUCGGUUUUCACCGAUUCUCCUGGCAGCGCAGCUCCAGACGGCAGCUUUGGCAGUAGUCGUCAGCAAAACGCUUACCGAGAGCUUUAUUCGCCAGCUCUGAGCCUUAACAGCAGCGCUCCCUCGCCCUCCAGCCACCACAGAGCUAAGGUGUUGGAGAGUGUGCAGCUGAAGCAGGAAGUAACACACAUUGAAGAGGAAAGGAUCCAGGUGGUGAACAACAUUGAGGAGCUGGAGCAGAAGAUUAAAGACCUGGACAACCAGAUGGAGGAAUCUGUGAGAGAGAUGGAGGUUGAGUGUGCAUUACUUGAAGGGGAACAAGAAUCAGAGAUGGCUCAGCUGGAGAAAGAAAAUGACCUCUUGGUGCAACUUAAAGAAAAUAUUCACAAUACUGAGAAGAUUAGCCACACAGAGAAAGCGCAGGAAGCAGAGGAGCAAGGGAAAAGUUUGGAAGAAUUGGAGUUUCAGAAAUUGGAGAGAGAGAUUGACCAAGAUGAGGAGAAGGAAAAUCAGUGUCAGUUACUGAGAGAAAUUGCUGACUGUCAGCGCCUCACUAUCACACGCAAGGAGAGACUUGCAACACUGAAGAAGCAGUCUUCCCAGAUUACUUUACAAUCCCAGCAGGAAAGAGAAGACUUUGAGAGGGAAAAAAACAAUCUGCUCAUCAUGCUGCAGAAGGAAAGAGACAAGCUGGCGUCUUUGGACGGAAAGUAUGCAGAGCUGUCUGAGAAGCAGAACUUAGCUAACAGCCAUGGAGCCAUCAAAGAGCAAAUACACUCCACCAAGGAAAGGAGGAGAAGCGGAAAAGAAAACUCCAUCGUCCAUCUGAGCGACAACGGAAGCGCUAAGAGGAACCAGCAGCCGCUCUCUCCCUACGGCCGAUCUCUAGGACGCACCCUGCCGCCUAAGGCCCAUCUGCCAUUGUCGCAAAGCUCCAGCUGUGGCAGCGUCAUCCCGCAAGGUCUCAGCUUCGCCUCUCGAGACCUGAACUCUCGCCGCCUGCCAAAAACAGGCAACAGCCACACACACGUGAAUGACGGCGUACACCCUCGACAAAGAAAAAGUGACUUUUGCAGCCGGUUGCUCUCCGAGCCCAACGUUUUCCUGGAGUCUUUAUCGUACCCUGACAACAACCAGGCCUCUGACACGGUCAGCGUGGACAGCUCUGACAGCAUGGAGACCAGCUUCUCCGCAUGUUCUCCAGAUAACAUCUCCAGCGCCAGUAUGACCAAUAUGGCCAAGCUCGAGGAGAUGGAGCGUUUACUCAGAGAGGCGCAGGUGGAAAAGCUUCGACUGCUUGAGCACAGGGAACGUGAGAUGGAAAUACGACGGCACGCUCUGGAGGAGGAGCGAAGACGAAGGGAGGAACUGGAGAAACGACUGCAGGAGGAGACCAACAGGAGGCAGAAACUUGUGGAGAGGGAGGUGAAACUCAGGGAGAAACAAAGAUCACAGUCCCGACUCCUGACACGCUACUUGCCCAUGAGGAAAGACGACUUUGACCUCCACUGCCAUAUUGAAGCAGCAGGGCACAAUCCGGACGCUUGUUUCCAUCUGGCCAUCACAGACAAAACGUGCAGAGGCUUCCUUGUAAAAAUGGGAGGCAAAAUAAAGACAUGGAAGAAACGCUGGUUUGUGUUUGACCAGAAUCGCAGGACGCUCACUUACUAUGCAGACAAACAUGAAACCAAGAUGAAAGGAGUCAUUUACUUCCAAGCCAUAGAGGAGGUCUACUACGAUCAUUUGAAGAAUGCGCACAAAAGUCCUAACCCCUCGCUGACCUUCAGUGUGAAGACACAUGAUCGGGUCUACUACAUGGUGGCCCCGUCUCCUGAAGCCAUGCGUAUCUGGAUGGAUGUUAUUGUGACAGGCGCUGAGGGACACAUGAACUUCAUGGUGUAACGCAUCAUAAGAGAUCUCUUUAAAGGGGAGAUUGUCACAAGAUAAGAUUUGCACAAUACCACUUCAGUGUGUUUGAAUGCAUAAUAUAGAGACAACUCAUUCACACUAUAAUGUAAUCAAGUAUAAAGAUAAAAAUUUGUUCUAUACCAGUCUCAUAAUUAAGCUAUUUAGUUGUUUAUGUACCACAGCAUAAUUCAUCUGAGAUGUCAAAACAGUCAAAAACAAUCAGUCAUUCUGCUCCACUUUGAAACUUUGCAUACGCAAAACUAAAAGUGCCAAUUGUAGAGUGCUGACUUCCAAAUGCAAUUUACACCAGCAUCAAAUUGUAUAAUUCACCUUCACUGGAUUUUUGUCAUUAAGAUUUAAUCUAAAGUAGGAAGAAUUUCAACAAACACAGUUCCCAGUUGAAUAAUUUAACUUUUCCACAUGAGAAAUGAUGCCCUCUAGCGGCAAGAGAAGCUGUUGACAUAUUGUGAUGAGGUCAUGCAUGACCGUUGACUCAGUGCUGUGCUCAACAUUUCAGUAUUAUGCUUUUACCAGCAGAGGCCCUCAGUGCAAGAUGUAUUAAAAAAGCAUGACGUAAUGCUUUUACCGGACUGUUUCCAUUUCAGAUCAACUUCUCUUGUAUACGAGUUGGAUUUCACAUUUAUAUAUUUUUAUAUUGCAACAUACGUAUAUUGUAUUUUCAGUACGAAUGGUUUUGUUAGUCAC